AUUGAGUUGCAGUUAUUUUCUCUCUGUCUGAAACUCUGACAGACUGUUGCACAGAGAGAAGCGGGAGCUGACUGAAGCUAAGCAGGAUGCAGGCUAUCAAAUGUGUUGUUGUGGGAGAUGGAGCUGUGGGGAAAACAUGUCUUCUCAUCAGCUACACAACCAACGCUUUCCCUGGAGAAUAUAUCCCUACUGUCUUUGAUAACUACUCAGCCAAUGUGAUGGUGGACAGUAAGCCAGUCAACCUGGGUCUCUGGGAUACAGCAGGACAGGAGGACUAUGACAGACUGAGACCACUGUCCUACCCACAGACGGACGUGUUCCUCAUCUGUUUCUCUCUGGUGAGCCCAGCCUCCUACGAGAACGUCAGAGCCAAGUGGUACCCGGAGGUGCGUCACCACUGCCCGUCAACCCCUAUCAUCCUAGUGGGUACUAAGCUGGAUCUGAGGGACGAGAAGGAGACCAUCGAGAAGCUCAAAGAGAAGAAACUGGCCCCCAUCACCUACCCACAAGGCCUAGCGCUGGCCAAGGACGUUGACUCUGUGAAGUACCUGGAGUGUUCUGCUCUGACCCAGCGUGGCCUGAAGACAGUGUUUGACGAGGCUAUCAGGGCAGUACUCUGCCCACAGCCAACCAAGGCCGGGAAGAAGAAAUGUCUACUGCUCUAACAGAUGCAGCUGAGAGUGAAAACGGACAGCGAACAAACCAGGGAGCCAGAUGUUAACUCAAAAAGGCCUUUUAGUUUUUCUGUGCUAGAAGAAAAAACAUUGACUUAUGAAAGCCUACAUGGUUAAAACUUGUUAGAGAAGUGCUCCCGCUGUGGGGAUCAAAUCAGCGGACAUUUCAAGUGCGCCACGUAUAGUUUUUGAUAAAACUCAAACUUUGAUUAAUACACACAUACAACGUACUGAAUUAAAGCUACACUCGUUGUGAAUCUAUCAACCAAGUCAGAUUUGUAAAAUGCUUUUCGGGGAAAGCAUGAACAGUUUUUAUCUGAUACCAUGCACCCUCAAAAUACAGCCAUGUCACUUAAAACGACAGAUUUUGCGUUAUGCGUCGCUACCCAAAACGCUGAAAUAAAAUAUAAAACAUUCAUUACCGUUGACGAGCUUCUUUCUUGGCACUCCUAUAUAUCCCAUAAACAUCCCAGUUGGGUCUUUUUCCCGAUUAAAUCCGUCAUUGUAUAGCCAAAAUGUCAUUUUCUGAAGACCGGUCUGAUGCAGGAAUAUUCUGUUUUCCAAGACGCAACGUCACUUUUUAAAAUGACAAAAGGUGCCUAUAUACUUUUACAAAACACUUCAAAUUACUUUUCUAACCCAACUUUAGGUAUUAAUAAACGUUAAUUAGCUAUACAAUUCAUCACGGGGCGAUUUGUAUUCGAUAGUAGCUAGUCUGGAAAUCAACGGCCAUCUUUGUCAUUUUAAUAACUUCCUAUUGACAAACUGAAACCGGAAAGGCUAAAACGUAAUAGAACCAAGGAUUAAGUCUGCUCAAAAUGACAGCACUGGCGACAUCGUGUGGAAGCUGUAGGCGUUUACAUUACGGCCUGAUGUAUUUCCUUUCGUCUUUAACAAUACAUUGACUGGCGUAGUAAUAUAUUUUUUGUGUCUUUGGAGAACAGUUUUUCGAGGGGUUUUUACUGCUAAACACGUUGUGUUAUAGCCACAGACACGAUUUAACCAGUUUUGGAAACCUCGGAGUGUUUUCUAUCCACAGAUACUAUCCAUAUGCAUGUACUAUAUUCCUGGCAUGAAUAGCAGGGCGCUGAAAUGUUGCGCGAUUUUUAACAAAAAGCUGCGAAAAUUCGCAACAUCCUUAUGAGGAAAUAUACAAUAUUAUAAUUAAGUAAUGUUAAAUAUAUUAAAAUGGUCUCUGAUGUGUGCUUGUUAGGUACUGGUAUAUAGUGUAUGAUAUCUGUGUUUCUGUCAAAUGAAUAAAUUGUAUAAUAUUUGCAGAAUAUUAAUAA